GGAACGUCAGACGUGGCCGAGGAGGAGGGCACGUCGACGGAUCUGCAGGUCGACUCGCUGGCGCUGCUCGACGAGUUGCCGUCGGCCAGCGAACCGACAGACGAAGAUGCCGACUGGCGGUUGGUACCGAUCGCGAUGGCAACGGUGACGCAGCCGGCUCCGUUGCAGCGAGUCACCGACGGCCGACGUUGGUCGGACUCGAAUGUCGGCCGAUUGUCGCGCAGUCUGUCCGAGCACCGACUGACCGGCAGUUGGUUCGCCUCUUCCGCUUGUCGAACCUGUCCCACCUCGGACGACUCGAGUCCCGCAGCCUUUGAGCUGCUGACCGACGUCUCGGCCAAUCGGCCCGUCGAGAUGGUCUGCCGCCUCGGGCCCGACUCCAGCCUCCCCACGGAACGCUCGGACCAGCCGGCCCCGGUCCCGGUGCCCGCCGGCCAGCAGCAAUUGGUACCGGUCCUCCUGGCCACACAAACACUCACUCCACCGCUGCUCGACUCGCGACCGCCACGCAUCCCACCGCAUCAACGCAUCUCGCCGUUCACCAACCUCACAUUGCCACCACCACCACCGACACCACCGACACCAUCACCACCGCCGACACCACCUUCUCCUCCUUCUCCGCCUCGUUCAUCCACUUCUCCUCUUCCUCCUCGCCGUUGUAGCCGUUGCCGUUGCCGUCGCCGUCGCCGUCGUCUUCAUCGGCGUCGUCGUCAGCCACGUCAUCAGGACCUCUUCGCACAGUCGAGGCGACCCGCGGCCUUUGGGCCGCUUCUCGCCGACCUCCUCGAACGCCGAGCCUGGGCGGAUCACGAGGACGCGGUCGAUGUUGACCUUGACGACGACGCCGACGUCGACGUCGACGUCGACGUCGAGGUUGAGGUCGAGGUCGAGGUCGAGUUGGAGGAGGAAAAAGAAAGCAACUUCGAGGACGAGGAUGAGGACGAGUCGUUCACACUCACACUCACGCUCUCGGCCGACUCGAGCCAGGGCACGCUGGAGCCGAGACCGGUCCACGGCACCUGGUCGCAUGGGCGCCGAGCCCGAUGUGUGUGA